UACAGCACUGGAUUUAUUUCAACAAGUAAACAAGGAGAAAAGAGGCCAUCAAAAUAAAAAGAAGAAUAAAAAGUUUAAAAAAUACAAUAUUAACGGUUUAAUUGCGUUUUUUGUGCUGCAGUAAUAUUUGGUGUUUGCCCGCGCGCGGGCAACAUUGGACGGGUCACAACUAGCAGGCUUGCGCAGCUCACACCCAAAAAACAUAUACUAUAUAUGUACAUAUUUAUAUGCGUGCAUGUGUGUGUCAUGCGUGUGUGCGAAGACAGACUCGAGAACGCGAUGGCUGCGACGUUAAUUUGAAUGGAAAGAGCUGCAAAGUAACAAAAACAACAGCAAUAUGCACUUAAUAUGUGCACCAACGACAACAAGAAUUAAAGGAAUAUUUGCUGAUAACAAGGAAAAACAAAAUCGAUACUGCACUCGAAACAAUUGAAAGACAAGCGAAAGAUCAAGAGAGUUCGACAAAAGGCGCCAGAGAAAGAGAGAGAGAGAGAGAGGAGAGAGCGAGAGUAGCUACUUUAAUUAUAAGUACAUAUGUACAUAUAUUUAAAAUAUAGUUAAAAUAUAUCCAAAAUAAGCUAUGGCCGAUAUGACAUUUUCAAAGGACAAAUACAUGUGCAGCAGAUUCGCGAUUGAUCUCUGGAAGUACGAUCCGCCAGACGUUGUCCAUCUAACAUGCCUGAUGCCCAACGGGCUGAUGCUCUAUUUGGUCGCCAAAUCAACGGCCACCAUACGCGAGGUUAAAGUGGAAAUGGUGACACAGGCGAAAUGUGGCCCAUUGGGCUAUUUGAUUAAGGAUGCAUGCGAUUAUCUGGUAUAUGGCAUCUCGCACUACACCAUCGAGCCAUAUACGGACGAGACGAAGCGUCUGUUUGAGGUGCAGCCCUACUUUGGACUGUUGAGUCUGGGUGAACGCACGGAUACGACAACCUUUUCCAGCGACUAUGAGCUGACCAAAAUGGUAACUGAUAUCAUUGGCAAGUCGUUCGAUCAUCAGAACACUCAGGGCACACCGGAGGUGGAUCACUUUCGUACAAAAGUGGCAUUAAUCUGCGAUAACAUUAAAAUAGAGCGAUCGAAAUAUUCGUGGCAACAGCGUUUACUUUACGAGCAUCCACUGCGACUGGCAAACUCGACAACCAUGCCGGAACUUAUACGACAGAGACAUCCAAGCUCAGCAUUUCUUAUUGCCGUCAAGAACGAGAAUGAUCAGAGCACGUUCACGUUGUCUGUGGUGGAGAACGAUACUCCGCUCUCAUUGAUCGACAGCACACUGCAGAAGAUGAAUCGUUCACAGAUGAAGAUGAACGAUCGUGCCGCCGACUAUAUACUCAAGGUGAGCGGCCGGGAUGAGUAUCUGUUUGGUGAUCAUCCGCUGAUACAGUUCCUGUACAUACAAGAGGCGCUCUCCGAUGCGGCGGUGCCGAAUGUGGUUCUGCAGUCGGUGCUGCGUCUCGAGUCCUACAUCAAUCACUACAGUGAGCAAAGUCUGGGCCUGAAGAGCCCACCAAAGCCGGAUCGGCAAACCACAGCGACACUGCACAAGCCCAUUACAAUGUUGUGGGAUUUGGAGGAGGUUAACUUUACAUUAACACUACACGGCGUCACCAAUGUUAACUUUGAUCGUGCACGCGCUUUUAAAGUGGGUGUCCAUGUUGGGCUCUAUCACGGCAAGCGCAAGCUGUGUGCCCAGCGCAGCGUUGAUGCAUCCAGUUGUGGCAGUUCGCAAGACUUUCAAUUUGAUGAUAAUGUGAUGGAAUUCGAUAUACAAAUGCGUAACCUGCCACGCAUGACGCGUCUGUGUAUCGUGGUGUUUGAGGUAACCAAAAUGUCGCGCUCGAAAAAAUCUUCUAAUAACAGCAGCACGCUCAAGGAUGUCUUUUACAAUAAUAAUCCAUUGGCUUGGGUCAAUACCACGCUCUUUGACUACAAGAACCAAUUGCGCAAGGGACGGCAAACGCUAUACACCUGGACAUAUGCCGACGACAUACAAUCGGAUGAUGUCUUUUAUCCUCUGGGCACUGUUGAGUCGAAUCCGCGCAAAGACGGUUGCGCCAUGGUGCAUCUGACAUUCCACCAGGGCGCCAACGACAGCAGCAAUGAAGAUGUCUGCUACCCAAGCGAGGAAGAGGUGCUACAAUAUGCAGAAGAUCGUGCCAACCGCGAUAAGCAACAGCCAAUCGCAGACCCUGAGAAAACACUCCUUGGUGUCCUGCUAGCCAAUUAUUCGGGCAAAGAUAAAAUCUACGAAAUGGUCGAUCAAGACCGGAAUACCAUAUGGGAGCGCAAAAACGAUAUUUUGCGCGAAUUUCCAGAAGAUCUGCCCGUGCUGUUGCACUGCGUCUACUGGAAAGACCGUGAUGAUGUGGCCGACAUUUGGUAUCUGCUCAAGCAGUGGCCGCUUAUCUCCAUCGAACGCUCGCUGGAGCUGUUAGAUUAUGCCUUUCCCGAUCCAGCAGUACGCGGAUUUGCUAUCAAGUGUCUGCAUAAUCUCAAGGAUGAGGAUCUGCUGUUGUACCUACUGCAGCUGGUGCAGGCAAUUAGGCACGAGUCGUAUUUGGAGAACGAUCUGGUAAUAUUUUUGCUGGAGCGAGCCUUGCGCAAUCAGCGCAUAGGACACUACUUUUUCUGGCAUCUGCGAUCCGAAAUGCAAACACCCUGUAUGCAGACUCGCUUUGGCCUGCUUCUAGAAGCUUAUCUUAAAGGUUGCAAACAGCAUGUGAAACCACUGCGAAAACAGCUCGAAGUACUGGAAAAGCUCAAGCAGGGCUCCGUGAUAGCUAAGAAGGGCAGCAAGGAGAAAGUGCGCAACGUACUUCAGAAGUUCCUGCGCAACGAGCACAAUAACGGCGUCUUCCAAAAUAUCCAAAACCCCUUAAAUCCGAGCUUCAGAUGCAGUCGCGUGACGCCCGAUAAAUGCAAGGUGAUGGACAGCAAAAUGCGACCACUCUGGGUGGUUUUCGAAAACGUCGAUCAGACGGCCAACGAUGUGUACAUCAUAUUUAAAAACGGCGAUGAUCUUCGCCAGGACAUGCUUACAUUGCAAAUGCUCCGCGUCAUGGAUCAGUUGUGGAAGCGUGAAGGAUUGGAUUUGCGCAUGAACAUCUACAACUGUAUCAGCAUGGAGCAACGUUUGGGCAUGAUUGAAGUGGUGCGUCAUUCGGAGACAAUUGCGAAUAUACAAAAGGAAAAGGGCAUGUUUUCGGCAACAUCGCCAUUUAAGAAGGGCUCGCUCUACAGCUGGCUUAAGGAGCACAACAAGGCGCCCGAGAAACUUAACAAAGCCAUUAACGAGUUUACGCUCAGCUGUGCUGGAUACUGCGUUGCGACAUACGUGCUGGGCGUAGCCGAUCGUCAUUCUGACAAUAUCAUGGUUAAGCGCAACGGACAGCUCUUCCAUAUUGACUUUGGCCACAUUUUGGGCCACUUUAAGGAGAAGUUUGGUGUGCGUCGCGAACGUGUGCCCUUUGUGCUUACACAUGACUUUGUCUACGUCAUUAACAAAGGCUGUAUCGAUCGCGAGGCAAAAGAGUUCUGUUAUUUUCAGACUUUGUGCGAGCGUGCAUUUUUAAUAUUACGCAAACACGGCUGCCUUAUACUAUCGCUGUUCUCAAUGAUGAUAUCAACGGGACUGCCGGAACUGUCCUCCGAAAAGGACUUAAACUAUUUACGUGAGACUUUGGUGCUGGAUUACACGGAGGAAAAUGCGCGCAAACAUUUCCAAGCGAAAUUCAGUGAAGCUCUGGCCAAUUCGUGGAAGACUUCACUCAAUUGGGCCUCGCACAAUUUCUCUAAAAACAACAAACAGUAAACUGCAAAAUGCAGUCGCAAACGACUAUAAUUUUUUAUUGCGAGAUAAAAACAAAUGCACACAGACAGACACACUCCCUCACAAUCCGCAGCUCCUGUUACUUUUCGGUCUACAUUUCUAUGUUUCCGUUUCCGGAUGAGGCGUAGUACAAUUUUUUAUAUAAUACAUAAUACCGAGUUCAAAACUAUGUGUUCACUAUAUAAGGCCAAUACACCCACACACACACAAACACACACACACACCCAUACACCUACACUAAUUUAGAAAGGUUAUCAGCCCAUACGCUUCUGUCGCUCCAUAAGUGCUCCAAUAAUUUUUUCUUUUCUGUAAUGUUUUGUUUUCAACUUGUAAGAGUGUUUCCAAAUUAUUUCGUUCUUUUGUUGCUUUUGAUUUACCACACCUAUACAAAUUAUGAUGAAUGUAUCCUAUUAUUAUAUAUAUUUAAUCUAAGCGUCUAACUUUUUUGCAUUGGUUAAGUUGUACGCUUAUUAUAAUUAUUAAGGUUACUAUGUACUCUAUUGUUUUUUUCUUUCUAAUUUUGUUGCAAUAACAAGCAACAACAAAAACACCUUUUGUGUUUUAUGGUUUUUUGAAAUAUGAUAAUCUCGGGGUGUUUUUUGAAAGCGUGGAUCUGACAGCAAAUUAUACAUCAUAUCCAGAUUAUAGCAAACACUACAAAUGUUGUGUAUUAUUGAUUAAUUGGCAAAACGCAAAAUUGUGCUUGUAUUGUAAGCAUUGCAUGAGGAUUAUUAUAGGUCUGAUCCGUCUUGUGACUUAAAAUAAAAAGGGACAUGAUUUUGAUGUGACCCUAGAAGAAGACUUCAUUCUAUCGGAAUCCACUUGCUUUUAAUUACAAAUGCAGCCAGAAAGAUGUAGCGCUUACUUCACCCAAUUCAGAUAGAACCCUGACCAAUUUAUCUUAAAACAAAAUCCGCAGCUACUGUAACUUUUUGUCCACAUUUCUGUGUUUCCGUUUCCAGAAAAGUUGUAGUACAAUUUUUUAUAAAAACCAUUUAACUGAGUUAGAAACUAUGUGUUCACUAUUUUAGGCCAAUUUACACACACAAAUACCCAAUAUAUUAAUAUAUAUAAACUGUCUAUAUGCUUGUGUUGUUCCACACUGCUCCUAUUCAUUUUUCCUUUUUUUGUCAAAUUGUAACAAGUGUUUUCAAGUUUUUCUUUUUGUUCUUCAAUUGGCUUUGAUUUCAUACAAAUGCCCCCAUACACAAAAACCACUGACAUAUACAAAUUAUUCUGAAUGUAUCCUAUUAUUAUAUGUAUUAAAUUUAAGUUUGUAACUUUUUGUAAAUUAUAAGUUAUUAUACUAUACUCCAAUUAUUCUCUUUUGAUGCAA